AUGAGAACCAGGGCCAGCACUCGUCGACAGCGAGAGCAGCGACUGAUUGAGCUGCGUGACGAAUACUACGCCGCGGCGGAGGCUAUCGAGGAGGCCAUGUCGCUUGACAUCCAUAAACAGGCUUACUUGCCGCACGAGCUCUCCAAGCUUGGACAUGGAGUCGACCUGCUGGCCUUUGAUCCCCUUGACCAGCACUUCCUAGACUCCAAAGGGUGUCUGUUUCGACCUCUUCCUGAGGACAUUAUGAAAGACUUCUUCAUGGACCCUUCACAGAUGGAUGAAGUCGGCGGCAGUUUUGAGUGGCCGCCAUCCUCAGAGAAUGAUCUCCGGGGGAAACCACAUCAUGCCGCCCAGUCAAUCUUUUCUUAUCUACGGACAAGAUAUCGCAUGUUGAAAAAGAGCCCUGAUUUCUACCUGAGCACUUUAACCAAGUGGGACUUCAUUGACUGUGAUGAUGAUUUCCACACAGUGGACGGUGAAUACAAAACACCACUAUCUCGACAGCUCCGUUGCUGGUACCUAUUUUGGAUGCAGUACUAUACAGAAGACGAACCCCUGCCCCAUCUUCAGUUUAUCAUGGCCCAUGAUGCGGUUGGUAAGGAAGGAGAGCUUCUACCAGGCGAGCUUGGCCCAAUUAUCAAGGGGAUUUACGGUCGCCUCGAGCAGGAGGAUUUCUGA